AUGGCGUCACUAAUCCCGUUCAGUCAAAUACGGCACAAUACAGUCAAUUUCUUCAUGAGAAAACCUGCUCGGGAAUUGUGGAAGACGGUUACAUCACUUUCGCCAGCUGGUAUUAAGAAAGGGCGAGCCAAAACUCGCCAAAGUGUUUUAAACCUUCAAAAGUUUUACCGAAUCGGUGCCGGUCCUAUAAAAAUAAAGUACCCUGGUUUGAAUGCUCCUGUAACCGUACCAAAUGAUGAGCCAAUGGUGGUGAUGGAGAAAACAAAGGAAGAAAUCGAUGCUGUUGAAGAACGUCUGAAAAAUAUCAUAGCUACCCGACCUUCGAAAAAAAGAGUGGUAGAGAAGUUGCAUCCAUUGGAACGUGGUUUUGCUGGCACUCGAAUUGAAGGUCAGAAAUUGGGCUCACCACCACCUGUUGAUGAUAUUCAUUUUGAUGAUUUUCAAACUUAUUGCCUCCAGCUACGGAGAACUACCAACAUGACAUCAUACGGUCGACAACACACGAUGUCAGCUUUGAUUAUCACGGGUAACGGAAAUGGUCUUGGUGGUUAUGCAAUUGGCAAAGCUGGUCUGAAACAUCAUAUUCGUGCUGUUGUGAACGGCAUGAAGAUGGCAUCAAGAAAAUUGGUGUAUGUGGAACUUUUAGAGAACCGCACAAUUUAUCAAGAUUUCUAUGCCGAGUGUCGUGGCACUCGUAUUUUUGCUCAGAGAAGGCCAAAAGGUUUUGGCGUAGUUGCUCAUCCGAGAAUUAUGAAAAUUUGUGAGGUAAUUGGUAUCAAAGAUCUCGAGUGUAAGGUGGUGGGUUCUACCAGAAAUUACAUCGCGCUCACCCACGCUUUCUUUGUAGGUCUUUUAAAUCAAGAAACCCAUCAACAGCUUGCAGGACGUAAAAAGUUGCACGUUGUUGAACUUUCUCCACAUAGAAGAUAUUUUCCUGUCAAGGUUGCCUCUCCUUUGCAAUCAGAAUUAAGAACAGAGCGAGAUAUUGAACCUAAAGAAAAAUUAUUGCUAAAUGAUUUUUAUGGCGAAGGACGUUUGCCACUGAUCAAAAAGCGGGUACCAUUCUAUGCAAAUCUUCCAAAUCAUCUUCUUGCGGAGGCGCUCAAACACCGCUUCCGAAAUAGGGAUAAAAGCAUGAUACGGUUGAUGGCCGAUGAUGUUAUACUGCGCUGGACUCGUGAUGCACGCCGGAAAUGGGCUGAAGAAAAACACCAGGAUAUGAUAAAUGGAUUAAUUCCGUUGCCUAAAGGAAUUGGGUUGUCGGAUAUUCUGUCAAAGUCUGAAGAAAAAUGA